CAAAAAGAAAGAAAAAAUCCCAUCUGCAAACUCAGUCAAUGGCUGUUUCCAAACUAGAACUCAGAGCUCUCGGAAACACGGGCCUGAAGCUCAGCGCCGUCGGCUUCGGCGCUUCCCCGCUCGGCAGCGUUUUCGGUCCCGUUUCCGAAAGCGAUGCCGUCGCCUCCGUCCGCGAAGCCUUCCGCCUCGGAAUCAACUUCUUCGACACCUCCCCGUACUAUGGCGCGACAUUGUCAGAGAAGAUGCUCGGCAAGGGACUCAAAGCUCUUGGAGUUCCUAGAAAUGAAUAUAUUGUUUCCACGAAAUGUGGGAGAUAUCGUGAGGGUUUCGAUUUCAGUGCGGAGAGAGUAACGAAAAGCAUCGAUGAAAGCUUGGAGAGGUUGCAGCUUGAUUAUGUUGAUAUAUGUCAAUGCCAUGACAUCGAAUUCGGCUCUCUCGACCAGAUUGUGAACGAGACAAUUCCGGCUCUUCAAAAGCUGAAGGAAGCAGGGAAAAUUCGUUUCAUCGGUAUCACGGGAUUGCCAUUGGACAUUUUUACUUAUGUGCUCGAUAGGGUUCCACCAGGCACAGUCGAUGUGAUAUUGUCUUACUGCCAUUAUAGCAUCAAUGAUUCAACACUGGAGGAUUUAUUGCCUUAUUUGAAGACCAAAGGCGUUGGGGUAAUCAGUGCAUCUCCACUUGCCAUGGGACUUCUUACGGAGUUUGGUCCACCGGAGUGGCAUCCAGCAUCACCCGAACUCAAGUCUGCCUGCGAAGCUGCUGCUGUCUAUUGUAAGGAGAAAGGGAAGAAUAUUUCGAAGUUAGCUAUGCAAUACAGCUUGUCAAAUAAAGAUAUUUCAUCAGUGCUGGUUGGCAUGAAUUCUGUUAAACAGGUUGAAGAGAAUGUUGCUGCUGCAACAGAACUUGCACUGUUUGGGAAAGAUCACGAAACACUAGCCGAAGUCGAAGCAAUCCUGAAACCUGUGAAGAAUCAGACAUGGCCAACCGGAAUUCAACGAAGCUGACCAACAACAUCCAGCCUUGUUUCUACUAUUGUAAUGUAUAUAUUCCCCAACAUCCGUUAUUGAGUCAUCGUAACAGGGGCAACCUUUCUAUUGCAAGGAUACUAGUAUUUCGAUGACAAACUAUUUCCAUCCCUGUAGGAUGGAUGCUGCCAAGGUAAACUUUCUACUGUCUGCAUGAUGAGUAUGAUUGAAGCAAUAAGUGAGUCUAUCUCA